UUUGUGUGGCACGUGCAGCCGGCAGACCUUGGAGGCUUGUGCGCAUGUGCGAAGGUGUCCUGGUUGACAAUGCUGGAGAGAUAGCGCGUCUGGGAUUGAGAAACCUAAAAGAAAAAAGCCUAGAAGAGAGGGGAAAACGGGAAAAAAGAAGAAAAGGGGAUCCGAGAAAAAACCCAAACAAGCCCACGCUGAGAGACUUGCACCAUGAGGUCCAAAGCCAGGGCACGGAAACUGGCCACAAAUGACAAAGAUGAUGAGUAUGCCCUUCAACCUUCCGACAUUGUAGAUGAUCCUUGUGGCUCAGAUGGCGAUCCUGCACUGUCUUCAGGCCCGACAGAGGACCUAGCGUCCCCAUCUCUGUCUGAAGAGAAGGUGUCACCUCAAAGGCCUAUGUCCCUCAAACAAGAAACAAAGAUGUUUUUCCCGCAGGAAAACUUGGCCAUUCCCCUGGACUUUGAAUUGCAACAGUCAGCUGUUCUAAAUGGUGCCCUUGGCAUCUGGAGUCGCAGGAGCAUUUUCACCGGAGAACAAUUUGGACCGUAUAUUGGCGAGCGAACACCUUCUGUCAGAGACCCUACUCAAGGCUGGCAGUUACAUAUGUUGGCAUGCACCUGACACGGGUGCAACAAGGCUCUGCUGCAAUAUAAGCAUUUUGGAG